AUGCCGACUACUCGAGCAGAAUCGCAAAGAAGAGGGCCAAAUGCUCCAUACGAGGCUGAGGGUCAGUCUGAUACGGAGUCCGAGGAGGAGACAUCAAGUAGCGACGAUGAGGUCUCCGGCCCUUCUUCCAAUGCGACGAUCGUGCGGGGAACGACGAGCAUUCCCUACAAUUUGAGUCGACUUUCCCAAACGGCAAGGUCUCGAGCUAUACAUGGUCUCAGAGGUGAAUUUGCUGUUGAUCGAUGUCGUGCAACAAGAGGGGGAUUCGAUUUCGAUGUGGCUGAUCAUGGCCGUGUCCGGCUCAUUGAAGGCUCUAUGGCCUGCUCUUGCAAAGACUUUGGGCAGACGAAUCUUGCAUGUCGCCAUAUCUAUUGGCUUGUUGACCAACUACACCGAGGUUUUUAUCCAGGCGUUCCUCCCCAGGCAGUACACAUGUCAGAUACUGGCGAGACGCAGUUCUUCGGUCGCAUAGCUGAGGGCCUGGGAGAAAAAAUAGAAGAAAUUGCUAAGAAACGAAACUGGCCUUAUCUCCCCGGUGCUACCUCUCCCGCAGACUCGAGCAGUGGGGACUCAGACACCAUGAGCCGCCCUCAGAAAGCGCGGGACAUUCUCUCUGCCUUUAGCAAGACAACAAUGCCCGACGACUUUCGCCCAGAUUUGGUUGAGACCAUUAAUCAGCCUCGAACCCCUGAACAAUGCGUUGUUCAGGGCGAUUUUGAGGCCACCAUGUUUCGUCUCGCCGUCCAUGAUGAGAAUGUGUACUCCGGCCUCCGCAAAGUCAUGCCUUCAGGAGCGCGGGCAGAUAUAUUUUUCGAAAAAGCUCAAGCCAAGAUUCGCUUUCUAUUUGCCGAAUUUGAUCGAUAUCGCGAAACCGGUGCCGUUCGUCGUGAUCGUAGCACUUUGGAAAUCUCUGUGCUGGUUGAAGAACUCCAUGAGAGUCUUGAACAGAUCCAGCAUAAUAUUCUUGCUCGCUCUCCACACGGCUCAAUUGGCGCUGCUGAAACGCUUAUCUAUCUAUUGCGCGAAGUCUCUACCCGAAACUAUGACGCAUAUGAAGACAGUGACUGGGCACGUCCGGUUCCGGCUGGGGAAACAGAGGCAGACCGGAAUGUUUACCUACAGCUCAUAGAUCAAACCGGCCACGCGGACUCAUUCUUUGUCCUUGACUGCCUGGAAACUUUGCCUGAGUCUAUCGUACGCCAGUGGGCCCCUCAGCUGGAUGCAAUUUUCAACGUGAUCCAUGCCAACGGCGCCUCGGUUCCAUACCUACGCAAGCUCCAGGCCGUGAAAUCUGGGGAUCGCCAGGGCGCUGCGGCAUCUGGCCAGAAGAGACCAGCUGUGGGAGCAGUUGGGGCUGGCAGGAAGAGAGCAAAAUAA